CUGCGCUUCUUCCUUUGUGGCCGCUUCGCAUUGCAGCUCUCCUUUUCUCAUCAACGUGUCGCUCCAGUUUUGCAACAGUUAAACGAGUUCGCCACCAGUUAAGAGUGUGUUGUUUUCUCCCCCGUGUUCAGAUGCAAACUUGAGUUAACGUGGUGGGUGGUGGUGAAGGGGGAGAGCUGAAAUUUAGCGAACUGAGCCAUGGCCACACAUUCACUCUCUCAAACCUGCGGGGUGGUGCCGAAAUUCACUGGGUUGUGUCCGCUGGAGAGUGAAUGUGCGAGGAGCAAAUUUGUGGGUGCGGGUAGUGUACGAGUUCCGAGAAGUUUGGGAGGAGGGUUAGCUACGCAAAAUGAAUUUGGUAGUUGUAAUGCGCUCAAGGAUUGUAUAGAGAGAGCUGAAUUUGGAAGAGGAAGGAUGUUGAGGAGUAGACGGAGUGGCGAUGCGAGGGCAGCGCAAGCUGAGCCGCCUAUCAUGGUGAAAGAGAAGAAGGGGUUGCCGGAUGGGUACAUGGAGGAGAUGCAGGAGUUUUUGAAGAAGGAUUUGGUGCACUUGUUUGAUGAGCAAGGCAUCGACAAAACAAUGUAUGACCAGAAAGUGGAGUUUCGGGACCCUAUCACAAACUACGACACUCUGGAUGGUUACCUAUUUAAUAUCAGUAUGCUGCGGGAGCUCUUCCAUCCAAUUUUUGAGCUACAUAGUGUGAAGCAGACAGGACCGUAUGAGCUUACAACUAGGUGGACGAUGACGAUGAAUUUUUGGAUCCUCUUGUGGAAGCCCCAACUUAUUUUUACGGGGGUGUCAAUUAUGCGAGUCAAUCCAGAAACUGGCAAGUUUCGAGCACACAUUGAUUUGUGGGACUCUAUUCAAAACAAUGAUUAUUUCUCAGUUGAGGGUGCAAAAGAUGUCAUCAGGCAGAUGCAAUACUUCAAGCAACCUGAUUUGGAAACUCCGAAGUAUAGGGUUUUGAAGAGAACUGCUCUCUACGAGGUGCGAGAAUACGAACCAUUUAUCGUAGUGGAGACCGACUGUGAUAGUAUGGCCGGUUCCAAAGGAUUUAACACAGUUGCUGGGUACAUAUUUGGAAAGAAUGAAAAGGGUGAGAAAAUGAAGAUGACUACUCCUGUUUAUACCGAAACAAAUAACGAGCCAUCGGCCGAUGGAGCAAAAAUCCAAAUUGUGCUACCAUUGAGUUGCAAAUUAUCAGAGUUGCCUGCCCCUGAGGCAGACAAUGUAAUGAUUCAGCAAGUUGAUAAACGAGUCGCAGCGGCUAUUCGUUUCAACGGGAAGCCGACUCUAGAAGUUGUGGAAGAAAAGAAAAAGAUUCUUGAACAGGCACUGAGGAAAGAUGGGCUGAAAAUGAAGGGAACAUUUGGAUUAGCUCGUUAUAAUGAUCCAGGACGGACUUGGCCCGUUUUCAUGAAAAACGAAGUACUUGCGUGGCUGGAGGACUUUCAACUGGACUGAAACUGCAUCUCUCGCACGGUUACUUGUUUCCCAACACCAACACCAUUGGAAUGAGAGCAUUUCGCUCACAAGUAGAUCUUUCUACUAGGGACCUACAUGGACCCUUAUCAGGAAAAAGUAGUUCGGUAGCUUGAUACUGAGUGUGAUGUAUAGUUUUGUACCGAAACCAUAUAAUUGAUCAUUUUCUAGAUUUAUCUCCUA